CUGUGGGAGACAGAUAAGAAAUGUACCCAGUGUAGAUAGGGCCAACUGAAGACAGAUUGUGUCUGAAGAUAAUAGAGAUGGGGCCUCCUUACCACGCAAGCCGGGCGUCAGCAGUACAGUUGUUCAGCAUGACGGAGGAGACCGCUGCUUAGUUUCAAGCAUUUCACAGAGCCAUGGAGAAGGAGCAGCCUGGAGGGCUUCAUUUUGUGGGGAAGAAGGAUGAACUUAUUGAAGCAAAGCGCUCUUUCAGAACACUAGAGGGUCGGGAUAUACUGAUCAUUUACCACCAGACCGUCUUCUAUGCUAUAGACUCUUACUGCUAUCAUGCUGGGGGAGCACUGGAGAAUGGAGACAUUGAGGAAAUUGCCGACAAGCUGUGCAUAAUUUGUCCAAAACACAAGUACAAGAUCUCUCUUGCCGACGGGGAGGGCAUAUAUAAGGGCACCGACCCCAGGGAAAAGCCGCCUGUGCCCAGAUGGUACUCCAAGGGUGUGAAGCAGCGGAUCCACAUGGUCACCGAGACCAAUGGAGAUGUCUAUGUCAAGCUCUCUGAGGACACAUGUUGGAUCGAGUCAGACUUCUACCAGGGAGAGAAGGGCAAGGUGGAAAGGGCCAAAGCUGCGGCAGCUGAGAAGAAACUUAGUAGUGUAAAUGAUUGAUAAGGAUGAUUGCAUCCCCUAUAGUUUUAGAAUUUUAUUUCAUUUUAUUUUUAAUUGAUGUUGAAGGAGUUUUCUAUUGUCUCCCCCGAUCUCCUCUAAAUUAUUGCAUGAUGACUCUAUAGAAAUGAUGUCAGACUUUAAAUGUCACAUAUUUCAUGCUUUACCUCUAGUAACCAUUAGGGCUUAAAACUGGGUCUGUUUACAUUGUUUACAAGAUACUAAAAUGUUUGAGUCAAAAAAAUCAAGUCACAUAUUGCCAUGUUAGGUGAACAUCUGGCAUCUCAAAACAAUCAUGUAA